CACCGUCCUUUAAUUCUGAAUCACAGCUUUUAUUAUUAUUAUUUUUUUUUCUUUUUUGCAAAAACACACAGCUUCCUUUUUUAUUCUUUAUUAUUUUCCACUUUCACUGACUUCAUCAAGAUGUAAUUUUGCAGCUUAAACAUUACAAGUGGAAUCCCAAGUAGACAAAACCCAUCACUUUAUUAUUUUCUAUUUAACAAUACAGCUUCCCUUAUCCUUAUCAAAUUCUUUCAAACUCUCUUGAUCUCUCUCCUUCCUAGAGAGAGAAACUUGUAGAGAGAGAGGUAUUGAUUUGUAAUUGUUUGGUUAAACAACCCAAAAGCAGACUCCCGUCUUGUGAAUGUAAUACUUAGGAAAGCACUUUUCAACUUUAAUAUCUAUACGUAAGAGCAUUUCAAAAGAAUAUCUAUAUAUAUAUACACUUAGGAAUUUAUUCAUAGAUCAGAACAAACAAAACUUUUUUUUAGUUUUAGUUUUUGAUUUGAAGAAAAAAAAUGGUGGGUAUUUUCUCAAGGUUUUCUGUCGGCAGAGCUGGUCACAGGCGAAGCCAGAGUGCCCUUGUUGAGAGAGAAGCAGAGCCUCCUACUUCAGAUACUACUGGUGCUGUAAAUGCUGCUACAUCUUCUCAUGGGAUUGAAGUUGCUGUUGAAUUUAAACCAGUUGAACAUCCGAAUGAGCCUCUUGAUAACGAUAGGCCAAUUCAAUGCCCGCUACCAGAACCUUCCAUUCUUAAUGAUGGAAGCAUAUGGAAAGACCGGGUAUCUGCAACGGUUAGGAGAAGAGGCGAUUUGCCUGUGAUGAAGGAAGGAAAUUCUCUUGAAGCUGAGGAUGUUGGGAGGAAACCCAAGUCUGUACAAGCACAAGGCAACCGAAUGAUUCUACCAUCUCUCAGUGCACCUGAACAUAAUCUCUUAAACCUGCUAGAAGAAUGUAAUGCAUCUGGGAUCUGACCAAAAUCCUGGUAAAUUUUUUCUUUAUGGAAAAAAUAAUAAUUGAAAAUUUUCUUACAUAAAUAAAUAAUAUACCUUCCUCGCACUGCCACAUAUAUAUUUGCCUUAAAAAGUAGUUGUAAUUUUUUCCUGAUAAAUCCACACCCUCAUUUCUGUAAGUAAAUCCAAGCAAAUGCAUAAAUUUUGAUUUUUUGGUGGGGCGAUGGAUUCUAUCUUACCAAAAACUUGUAUUGUGCUUUUCUAUGUUACUUACUUGAAUGGCAAUUUUUACUUGCACUA